CCCAAUUCUCUUGCUCAUUUUACGUUGUUAUUUGGGAGAUAAACCAUAAAAUGUGCUUUGUACAAGGAAAAAAUGGAGGAUUUGCAGCGUACUGCGAAGGUCUACUUCGACGCGGCUGCCGAAACUGUGCUUUGUACAAGGAAAAAAUGGAGGAUUUGCAGCGUACUGCGAAGGUCUACUUCGACGCGGCUGCCGAGAACGUUAAACAGUUGGCACAGGACUUUGUCACCGAGAUGGACCAUGACCAUGACGGCGUCGUGUGCCUCUCGGAGUUUCUUUCCUUCACGAAGGUCAAGGGCUAUGUGAGGAUGAGCAACCCUUACUUGUUUAAGCAGCUGAACGUGAGUGGCACGGGAAAGCUCAGCUUCGACGAGGCCAUCACGUUCUUCUACAUUGCCACGAGCGCUAGGCCUCUAUGUGAUGGGUGCGGGUGCCUCGCACUAGGGAUGUUCUUCACGUGUGUGAAGUGCUUCAAGGACGCCGGUGAGGCCGAGACGUUCAAUCUAUGUAGCGAUUGCUUCUCCCACGGCAACUACACGCACCCGCACAAUGACUUCUUGGAUAAUUUCGUGAUGCUCGAAGCCAUGAGAAGAGAAUUGAGACAAGAAAAGAACAAGUUUCAGCCACCGGCAACCGAUGCUAAUACCUCCACGUCCUUUGCAAUCGUCCCGACCAAUCCCAGCCAUGCAAUGUUCACGGCAAGUUAUGCUUUUCUUUCUCUCUUCCUUCUUGAAAAUGUGGAGUUUAUGACAAAACAUAUUUCUUAA